AGGAAUACAUGGUAAGAAAAGCAUAUAGCACCAACCCUUAAUAGUGAGUGACACAUGAAGCCCUUCCCUUAGAAGAAAGGCACCACUCCAAUAUGUCUCAUCUACACUCUUCCCCCCACCCCCCACCUUUUAUCUCCAACCCUUUUCAAGCCUCCAAUAAUCACCACUUAACUUCCCUCCUCUAACCCUUUUUUUUUACACCCCAACUACUCUCUCUGUCCAAUGCUCUUUGCAAGCUGCAACAAACUCCCACUCCAAUGGGUAUCAAGAUUUUCACAAUCUUUCUCAUCAUCCUAACUUCAAUCAUCUUUUCUCUCCUCUACAUCCCAACCCAACUCACCAUUUUCAAGCCAAGCAAAACCUUCAUCAUUCCCAGCUAUGCUAAGCCUUAUCCAGUGACCUUUGCCUACUUGAUCUCAGCAUCCAGAGGUGAUUCCCACAAGCUCAAACGUUUGAUUCUUGCACUGUAUCAUCCUGGGAACUACUACUUGAUUCAUGUGGACUCUGGUGCUCCUGUGAGUGAGCAUUUGGAGAUUGCUAAGUUUGUGUCUUCUGAGCCAGUUUUUGGCCAAUUGGGUAAUGUUUGGAUUGUGGGAAAACCCAAUUUGGUGACCUAUAGAGGUCCAACCAUGCUUGCUACUACUCUUCAUGCAAUGUCUAUGCUUUUGAGGACUGCUAAAUGGGAUUGGUUCAUCAAUCUUAGUGCCUCUGAUUAUCCCUUAGUAACCCAAGAUGAUCUGAUUCAUGCUUUCUCUGCUUUGCCAAAAGAUCUCAAUUUCAUACAACAUAGCAGUCACUUGGGUUGGAAACUGAAUAAGAGAGGAAAACCAAUAAUAAUAGACCCAGCUCUCUAUAGUCUCAAUAAAUCAGAGAUCUGGUGGGUUAUCAAACAGAGGUCUCUCCCAACAUCCUUCAAGCUCUAUACAGGUUCAGCUUGGACAAUACUAUCAAGAUCAUUUGCAGAGUACUGCUUAGUUGGUUGGGACAACCUACCAAGGACUCUUCUCCUCUACUACACAAAUUUUGUCUCCUCUCCGGAGGGAUACUUCCAGACCCUCAUAUGCAACUCCCAGGACUACAAGAACACCACGGUGAACCACGAUCUACAUUACAUCACUUGGGAUAAUCCUCCAAAGCAACAUCCCAGGUCCCUCGGACUCAAAGAUUACAGAAGAAUGGUCCUAAGUAGCCGUCCAUUCGCCAGGAAAUUCAAGCAAAAUGACCCGGUCCUUAACAAGAUAGACCGCGAUCUUCUCAAGAGGCGUCGUGGACAAUUCUCAUAUGGGGGUUGGUGUUCUAAGGAUGAAAUUGGAAAGUCACAUGGUACGUGUCCGGGUUUGGAGAGUGAGAAAUAUGGUGUUUUAAGAACUGGGACGGGGUCGAGGAGGUUGAGAACUUUGCUGACAAAACUGUCGUCUGCCCAGAGCUUUAAUAAGCGGCAAUGUAAAUGAUUUUUUGAAACUGUGUGAACGAAUAAAAGCCGAGGAUAAUGUUAAAAGUACCCGGUAUACUGUGGGAAGGGUAAGUAGUUAGCCAUUGAAAUUGUUUGUACAAUUAGGUGGUUGAAAAGAUGUUAUGAUAUCUUCAUUGUGAAAUUUCACAAUUUUUCAGUAGAGAGCUGGUUAUGGGUUGUAAUGUUUCCCUUGUACCUGUAGAUAUGUGAUUUUUUACUUUGUAUUUCAAUAUAUUUGUUAUGAUGCUUUUGCUUUGAAGGCAAUUCUGAAAUGAGAAGACAGUAGUGAGAUA